AUGAACGCGAGUGCCGCCUCGCUCAACGAAUCUCAGGUAGUGGCAGUGGCGGCCGAAGGAGCGGCGGCGGCAGCCACAGCGGCAGCGGCACCGGACACCGGCGAAUGGGGGCCUCCUGCUGCUGCGGCGGCGCUGGGAGGCGGCGGCGGAGCUAACGGGUCCCUGGAGCUGUCCUCUCAGCUGCCAGCAGGGCCUCCCGGACUGCUGCUUUCGGCAGUGAAUCCAUGGGACGUGCUGCUUUGCGUGUCGGGGACGGUGAUCGCAGGCGAAAAUGCAUUGGUAGUGGCGCUCAUUGCGUCCACCCCAGCGCUGCGCACGCCCAUGUUCGUGCUCGUAGGUAGUUUGGCCACCGCCGACCUGUUGGCGGGCUGUGGCCUCAUCCUGCACUUCGUGUUCCAGUACGUGGUGCCCUCCGAAACUGUGAGCCUGCUUACCGUGGGCUUCCUUGUGGCCUCCUUCGCCGCCUCCGUCAGCAGCCUGCUAGCUAUCACAGUGGACCGUUACCUGUCCCUCUACAACGCGCUCACCUAUUACUCGCGCCGGACACUGUUGGGUGUGCACCUCUUGCUUGCUGCGACCUGGACAGUGUCCCUAGGUCUCGGCUUACUGCCGGUGCUGGGCUGGAACUGCUUGGGCGAGCGGGCCUCCUGCAGCGUGGUGCGCCCGCUGACACGCAGCCACGUGGCGCUGCUCUCAGCUGCCUUCUUUGCGGUCUUUGGCAUCAUGCUCCACCUGUACGUGCGUAUCUGCCAGGUGGUCUGGCGCCACGCUCACCAGAUCGCGCUGCAGCAGCACUGCCUGGCGCCGCCUCAUCUCGCAGCCACAAGAAAGGGCGUGGGAACGCUGGCCGUAGUGCUUGGCACUUUUGGUGCCAGCUGGCUACCCUUCGCCAUCUAUUGUGUGGUGGGCAGCCACGAGGACCCAGCCAUCUACACCUACGCCACCCUACUGCCGGCCACCUAUAACUCCAUGAUCAAUCCCAUCAUCUAUGCCUUCCGCAACCAGGAAAUCCAGCGCGCCUUGUGGCUCCUGUUCUGUGGCUGUUUCCAGUCCAAAGUGCCCUUCCGCUCCAGGUCCCCCAGUGAGGUCUGA